GCCAUGUGGAAGAGGGAUUUUUGAGGGGAGACAUGCCCCUUCCUAACCACUCCUCAUACUUGCUCAAAAUGUUUUCUCUGAAAUAAGAAGUGGGGAAGUCAGUUGCAGCUUUCCUGCCUCUGAUGCACAGGCGCUGUGUGACACAGCUCUCAGCUGUGCUGGACUCCCAGCUUUCUUCUACACAGAGGAAACAGAGAUCCAGUUUUCCCCCUAAGAUUCAUGGCUGUAGGAGCCUCUGGCAAACAAAGGUAUUCGAGGAGUAGCUGCUUCAGCUGGGUUCUUUCUUGGACACUCAGUGCACGGUUUCAGGACAAUUACAUUGUUUUUACCUUAAGCUUACUUUGCAAAACGUCAUAGUUGGAGUCAACCUCGUAAUUCAGAUCUGGUUUGAUCAAGUACUGAAGGACGCUGAAGACAGAAGAGAACUUAGUUAAUGGGGUGAUUUCACUUGGAACAGCAUGUCAGGGCGCAGCGUUCGACUGAAGUCAGUUCCCGUUCAAAGUCUCUCGGAGCUGGAGCGCGCUCGGCUGCAGGAAGUGGCUUUUUAUCAGCUGCAGCAGGAGUAUGACCUGGGAUGUCAGAUUACUAUCCCCAAAGAUGGGCAAAAGAGGAAGAAAUCACUAAGAAAGAAACUGGACUCGUUAGGGAAGGAGAAAAACAAAGACAAAGAAUUUAUUCCCCAGGCUUUUGGAAUGCCCUUGUCACAAGUGAUUGCUAACGACCGGGCCUACAAGCUCAAACAAGACUCUCAAAGAGAGGAGCAAAGAGAUGUUUCAGAUUUUGUGGCCUUUCUCUUACCAUUUGGAGCAAAAAGGCAGAACAAAGAACUUUCCAGCAGUAAUUCAUCUCUCAGCUCCACCUCAGAAACACCAAACGAAUCCACUUCUCCAAACACACCAGAGCCAGCACCGCGAGCAAGGAGGCGUGGUGCAAUGUCUGUGGACUCUAUUACUGAUCUUGAUGACAAUCAGUCACGGUUGUUAGAAGCUCUCCAACUCUCUUUGCCAGCAGAAGCCCAGAGCAAGAAAGAAAAGGCAAGAGAUAAGAAACUAAGCCUGAACCCUAUCUAUAGGCAGGUUCCGCGGCUUGUAGACAGUUGCUGCCAGCACUUGGAAAAACAUGGACUCCAGACAGUGGGAAUAUUCAGAGUUGGAAGUUCAAAAAAGAGAGUAAGACAGUUGCGUGAAGAGUUUGACCGGGGCAUAGAUGUUGUGUUAGACGAAGAGCACAGCAUUCAUGAUGUUGCUGCUUUAUUAAAGGAAUUUCUACGUGACAUGCCUGACCCACUUCUCACCAGAGAACUUUAUACACCUUUCAUCAACACUCUCUUAUUAGAGCCAGAUGAACAGCUAAGCACUUUACAGCUUCUCAUUUAUCUCCUACCUCCCUGUAACUGCGAUACCCUACACCGACUGCUGCAGUUCCUCUCCACCGUGGCUGGCCACGCAGAAGACACCACAGACAAAGACGGCCAAGAAGUUACUGGGAACAAAAUGACAUCACUUAACCUGGCUACUAUCUUUGGCCCUAACCUGUUGCACAAGCAGAAAUCUACAGACAAAGAAUUCACAGUUCAGAGUUCAGCUCGAGCUGAAGAGAGUACUGCUAUCAUAGCUGUUGUACAAAAGAUGAUUGAAAACUAUGAAGCCCUUUUUAUGGUUUCCCCUGAUCUACAGAACGAAGUGCUUAUUAGCUUAUUAGAGACUGACCCAGAUGUUGUGGACUAUUUGUUGAGGAGGAAAGCUUCCCAGUCAUCAAGCCCUGAGAUGCUGCGCUCAGAAGGUUCCUACUCCACGGGAGAAAGGCACUCUUCCACUGACUCCAACAAAGCUUCAAGCGGAGAUGUCUCCCCGUAUGACAACAACUCCCCCGUACUGUCUGAGCGCUCGCUGAUGGCAGCGCAAGAAGAAGUUGCACACAGCCCAGAUAAGCUGUACAGAGCACAGGAACAGUACGCACUGGGUGGUCAUUUGCAGCCUAAAACAAAGGAGAAUUCUUCUGCAUCACAGGCUGGAAAAGAUGUUUCAGAAGAUCAUUUUGAUAUCUGGGGAACCUGGCAUUCAACACUGAAAAGUGGCUGCAAAGACACAGGCAUUGCAGGUUCUUACGGAAACAUUUACGAAAGCAGCUUGCUGCGGCCUGGACAGUGCUCUCUUUCACAAGGGAACCUCUCCAUAUAUUCUCCUCGGUGGCAGGGCAGCUCCUCCGAACUGGAUCACGGCAGGCAAGUCAUGCGCAGGAGUCAGACAACUGCCGCCAUUCCCGAGUGCCAGCUCCAGCCUGCCAUGUCUCGGGUAUGCAGUAACCCGCACAUUGAAGCCGGCGGUAGGUGUUUGGACCACUCACGCUCCAAGUCGGAGCGCCACUUGACUUUAAGCAGUGUGGAGGACCUCACUGAGCAUGACUCGCACGCGGGUUGCUCGCAGAGCACGGCCAAGCCCUCCUACAGCAAAGAGAGGCCACCACCUCCGUACCCUGGGCAGCCCAAAGCAAGUUCUGCGUUGUCGCAGCGAUCGAGCGUUUCUUCAACUUUGCACUCUUUGUGGAGACUUCAGCGCCAUGACAAAAGUGCAGGGACCAGAGCAGCUGGAGGGCCCGUGGCCAAAGCCCCUGAGCAGGCCGUCUCCAAGCAGGAGCGCCCGGCCCCGCACACCCAAGCAGGUCACAUCUAUUCGACAGCGGCUCACAGUCAGAACAGUAAAAAUGUUUCAGAGCCAGACUGGCACGAUUGGCAAAGAGAGAGGUGGCAAAUUUGGGAGCUUUUAUCAGCUGAUAACCCUGAUGCCCUCCCAGAGACCCUUGUAUGAUCAGACUCCACAGAACUACCGCUCGUACCUACGCUCCCUCUCAUAGGAAAACAAUGAUGACAUUGGAAAACUGGGGGGUGCUUGUUCGUUUUCUACCGAAUAAGUUACAUAUAAAUUUUUAAAUCUUGUUCACUUUAAUUUCAUAACAGCACUGGCAAGCAGUCUAUUUACAAAUACAGUAUGUUCCUGUUUUUCAGCAAGCUUGUGAGAAAAGAAGAAGAUGGAAAUGUUAGUCCGAUAACCCUGUAUGCAUACAUACGCUGUUUAUAAGAUAAAACUGUUGCUUUGAUGUGGCUAAAAUGUAUUUAUAUAUCUGCAGUUUGAUGAUUGUAUAUUCUGUAAUGGGUAUUGUAUGAUAAUCAUAUGUUAUGUUUUCAUAUACAGAUGUCAAUCGAUCGUGACUGCUUUUAUAAAUAUCACUGCACUUACAUUACCGUGAUACGCAUUGGAGUUCUAUAGGAAGUGCACAAGCUGGUUUCUGUGCUUGGAAAAAAACCUAAAGGGGAACGUUGUCCUUCUUUUCACUGCCUAUUGAAAAACACUAGAAUAGAGUGGAACGUGAAAAGCCAUAUAUUUUUUAAGGGUAGUAGUGACUGGGAGGGGGGGAAUACCAAAUAUUUUUGUUCUUAUGAAUGUAUUUGAAAGCAAAAUUAAAAUUUGAUACUAGAUAAGUGUUAAAAAUAUUUUUUUUAGAUUCUUGUAGGAAGUGGUUUGGGGAAUUAAAUAAGAACAAGGCCGUGCCUAAACCAAUGAAAGAUGUAGCGCAAAGGUCUGCCCUACCUGUCUAGAGGAAAAACAAUGUUAUGUAUACAGGAUAUAAUAUAUAUAUUUAUAAAUGUAUGACUUUAUAUAUUGUUCUAAAACAGUGAACUGGAAUCGAAAUUUUAGAAAACCAAUCCCAAUAAGUUGAGUUGUGUAACAGUAGAGAAAGAAUAUGGCUUUUCCUUUACAAUAACAAGGCUUCAUUGUGAAGUUAGACAAAGCAGAAAUAGAGACGGAGAUAUUUGCAAAAGGGGGUCACACUGAAUUUUGGAAGUGAAUAUGUCAUGAGGAGAAGUUCACAGCUGUGUUUCUAUAAAUAUUGUGCCAAAGCCUGGGUCAUUAGUAGUUCUUUGAUAACUGUAUGUUGCAUUGUCAAAUGUCAAUGUUUUCAAAUUGCAAAAGCAUUUCUGGCCAGCAGGUGGCAAUGUACUUCAGUAUUCUAGAGGAAAUUCUGUUAUCACUUGAUAAGGGAAAGUGUAUCAUAUCAAAAGAAUUUUAUAAAACUUAUUAGUCUUAAUCUUAAUGACGUUGAAGACGUAUUCAGUGAUGUUGUCUUUAAGUUCUAUCUUGUGCCAUAACGAUGGAAUAAAAGGCUGAACAAAACAAUGAGCAUAUUUUUGCUCUUUCCUUUUUUAUUUUGAAGUAAAGUUUGUGUAAAAAUUGAUGUGUUUUUAUUGUAUUCCGGAGUGUCUCUGCCAAAAACAUCUAAAAGGCUAAGGGCACUUAAGGAUCACUUUCAUUAAUGACCUAAAUAUAUGAGAUCCCUGGUUUUACCUAUGUUCUAGGCUUAAAAUCCAUCCUACAGGGAGCCUACCCAUCGCCAUAUUCCCAAGUGAAGUGAUAACAGCACCAAUCCAGGUAUAAAGGGGCAGGAUUUGGCCUUUGGCUGUCAUUGUGCUGUCUCACUGGAUGGCUCCUUUAUAGGAAUAUGAAAUACUGUGUUCAGAAUAUAUCUCAGCUCUGUCCCUUCAUACUGGAGUUGAUAGGAAAAGAUUCUUGUGCGUAGCUUGUUGCAGCAGCUCUAUGGCAAUUUAUUACCAAAAGAAAAAAAAAAAAGGAAAAAUAGAGUUACCCAAGUUUAAAAGAUAAGUAGUGGAAUACAAGCAAGGACAAUAAAAGAAUUCUCACAAGCAAUCAUCAUCGUUUGAUCUUGCCUCACUAUUGUCCCAGGUCCCAGGUUUGAUGCAGACUUGCUACAGAGAAUUAAGGCUCCCUAGCAGCUCUAAAAAACAGCAUUGUAUAAGCCCUGCUGUAGAAGAUGCACUUCAUUUUAAUUCCAUUUCUACAUAUAGAAGCAUCUGCACAUUUCUAUCACUUUUAGCAAAACUUGUCUAAUGGCUACCUAGUUUCAUAAAAAGAUUCCUUUUUGCCAGUGCCUCUCUCUGUAUAGAUGUGUACAUAGGUAUAUAUUACCAUCUACUUGGUGUAUAUGCAAAAACGGGGAAAAAAAGCAAACCACUGCCAAAGGACAAUGUGUCUGCCCACGUUUCAGUAUACAAUUGCAUGGAAGAAAUCAUACAGAAUAAAUUCUGAUGAUUUAAAAAUAACUCUGACUGAGAAUGAAUCAUUUCUGUCUGCUAUUUUCACUUGAAUAGUACAGAGUAAAAUAUCACAAGCGAGUUAAGGAUGCAGUGGUUUUAAUUUGUACCUGUUAUGUAGAUAGGUAAGAUCUAACACUUCUCUGUUUCAACAGUAAGUUUAUUCUGGUUGCCUUCAUUUCAGUGGAUUUGGGGAAGUUAACACUUUGCUACGUAUGUGUAAGGAGUAGGGCUGGGACAGAGCAAAAGCCCCUUCCUUCGCUUUAGCUGGAGGUUUGAAAAAUUGUUAGACUUGGGCAAAAUACUUUGACAAGAAAAUAACAUUUGAAAAGUGUAUUGAAUGAUGUGGCAGAUGUGCAGUGCUCUCUGUCACCUCCAAGUCCUCCUGCUCCCAAAAAUACCAAAGAUCAAACGAAAGAGGAAAAAAAAAAAAACAACCAGUUAACUGUUUGAAAUGUUCUGAGAAGGAAACAUUUAUUGUAACUUUUAGCAUCUGGAACAUAGGAGGAAUAGAUAGAUGUGGAAAAUAGAACUAAGUAACCGAAUUAUGGGGGUGAUAUAUAAGGCCCUCUCUCCAUUAGAUGGUCCAGAAACUACUGGAGGGUUUGAGUCUGAAGUGAGAGGAUUCUUAUUGCCACAGUGUAAGAAAGGAAAGUGUAGAGUUUGUAAUGAAGUGCCCCCCCUGAUAGAGUCCUGCUGGACCCAGUCCCUGUUGACAGUUCAUGCUCUGUGUAUGUGUCUGUAUCAGUGUUGGUGUCUUCAGCUACAGAAAGAUAACCGAGGUGGUAGGAGAGCAAAGCAAUGAACGCUUGGGUAACUUGGAAGCUCAGGCAUUUAUUUUGGGUGAUGCGACAUCAACAAGGGAACCCUGCUGAGGACUUAGAUACUUUUCAUUCCAGGAUGAAAUCAGUGAUGGGAUUUAUUUUGAUGUCUGUCUUGAACUUCAAAAGAGGAUUACAUGGCUGUGAAGUGUUACUUCCAGCUUACAGGGGUUGCUCCUCUCUCUUCCGCUGUAGGAACAAGAAAAUGAGAGCAAUCAGUGCAGCUCUAGAUACAAAGCAAAUGUGGUGGGAAUCCUCUGAGCCAAGGAAAAAUGAAAAAAUUAGGAUAGUAUUUUACUUCUGCUUCUAUUCCUGAAAACAGGAUGGAACCAAGACUGUGUUUUACUCCUGGGGGAGAAGUUGUAUCUUCUUCCCCAGUCGCCUUCCCCAACCCUUCCCUCCCUCCCACCAGCUUCUGGAGUUGUGGCAGGAAUCCCGGGGCUUGUUGCUGCAGCUGAAAAUUGCUCUGUACAACAUGGAGAUAAAAUUCAGGUAGCUCAGUGACUUUCACAAGUGGUAGGCACAGGAGGAAAGGUCAGAGAUGAUUGAGGAGGAAGGAUGAGACUGAUUGUCCUCUCUGGCAGCAGCCUUCUGUUAGCAUGUAUAAAUUACUGAUAAAAGCACGGAGCUUGCCACUUACAUUUGUAGGCCACAGUCUGGCCAAGCACUUGAGAGUGUUAUAAACCUACACAAACUCAGGUACUGGCAUGGAUGCCUGAAACGUCUCAGCUGCCCUGCUGUGUACAUCAGGAGCCCAGGAUGUUAACAUAGCACAGUUUAAUGUCACUUAAAACUUCUGUGCUAUUGACUUGACUUGGUAAAAUGGGCUAAAAUUUCUUAUUGCAUCUUCUGUUUUCCCACCCCAACCCCCCAGCACACAGUUUUUUGUUGUUUCACAAGAAGCAGGAUGUAGC